GUAGUUCCCUAUGUCUUCAGAACAAGAGAGUUCGGUUGGUUCCGAAUCAACCCCCGCCUCUCCUGCCGACAACAACAGGGAGGAAGAAGAGCAAGACCAGGAGAUGAAGAGUGAGAGUGGAAGUGACCUCUCAGAGGCGGAGGCGGAGGGGGAGGGCGGUGAGGAAGAAGACGAAUCGUCACCCGUCUCACCCUCAACUACCAAUGACAAAGAAAGCAAUGUGAACAGUCCUCAGGAAUCGGCAAAUAUCAAAGCAGAACAGACUGAAAAGACGCCAACUAGUCCAACAGGCGGAGACGGAGGAAAGAAGAAGACGCCGACGAAAGUGGUGGUGCCUAAGAAUGCGGGAGACAAGAAGCAACUGGAUGAUCAGAUGGACAAAGACAGGACCAGUCGGUUUGAGUUCCUCCUCAAACAAACGGAGAUCUUCUCAUUCUUCGUAUCUUCAGGUGAGAAACCAACGCCUGGUGUUUUAAAUGCAGCUUCUGCAGAUUUAGCAGCAGGAACAUCGGGGGCAGAUCCCAAGAAAGCCUCGUCCUCCAGAGCGACUUCAGGGAGGAAAAUAAGAAAGAAAGACAUGGAAAAGGUCAAGUUGAAGGCUGUCGCCGGAGACCACAGGCACCGCAAGACUGAAGAAGAGGAAGACGCGGAGCUAUUGGAGGGUAUAGUGGAGGAAAAGGGGAAGGAUGGUGCUAGUGGUGGCAUCCGGUUCGAAUCUACUCCGUUCUACAUCAAAAAUGGAACUAUGAGAGACUACCAAGUGCGUGGUCUGAACUGGCUGAUAAGUCUGCAUGACAACGGAAUCAAUGGGAUCCUGGCGGACGAGAUGGGUCUAGGGAAGACAUUGCAGACCAUAUCUAUGAUAGGAUACCUCAAGUUCUAUAAGCAACUCAGUGGGCCCCACAUAGUCAUUGUGCCUAAGAGUACACUGCAGAACUGGAAGAAUGAGUUCGAAAAGUGGACUCCGGAUAUUAAGGCCGUCUGUCUGAUCGGAGGCCAAGAAGAGCGAGCAAGACUCAUCAACGAGGAGAUUCUAGGUGGCAAAUGGGACGUUCUAAUCACUUCAUAUGAGAUGAUCUUACUGGAGAGAACUUUCCUCAAAAAAUAUAACUGGCGCCAGCUUGUAAUCGACGAAGCUCACAGAAUCAAGAAUGAGCAGUCCAAACUGUCAAUAUUUGUACGUGAGUUGCGAUCUCAAAGUAGACUCCUCCUCACUGGAACUCCUCUCCAGAACAAUCUCCAUGAAUUGUGGGCUCUGCUCAACUUCCUGCUCCCGGACGUGUUCAACUCCUCGGAGGACUUCGAUGAGUGGUUCCAGGAGAAUGACGUCAUGGGAAACCAAGACAUCGCAGUCAGACUGCAUACAGUACUGCGCCCCUUUCUGCUGAGAAGAAUCAAGGCAGACGUGGAGAAGAGUCUGUUGCCGAAGAAGGAGCUGAAAAUAUAUGUGGGACUGGCUGCUAUGCAGCGGGAGUGGUACACCAAGAUUCUAAUGAAGGACAUAGACAUUGUGAAUGGAGCUGGCCGGAUGGACAAACUGAGACUAGCUAAUAUUCUGAUGCAGUUGAGGAAGUGUUGCAAUCAUCCCUACCUCUUCGAUGGAGCUGAGCCAGGCCCUCCCUAUACGACUGACCGACACUUGUACGACAACUGUGGCAAGAUGACAGUCCUGAAUAAACUACUGCCAAAGCUGAAGGAACAAGGCUCCAGAGUUCUAAUCUUCUCCCAGAUGACACGAAUGCUGGACAUCCUAGAAGAUUAUUUCUGGUUCACUGGCUACAAGUACUGCAGGCUGGAUGGAAACACAGACCAUGUUGAUCGGCAGAAAAUGAUCAACGAGUACAACAAGCCGGGCAGUGAGCUGUUUGCUUUCAUCCUCAGCACCAGAGCGGGAGGUUUGGGAAUCAACUUGGCGACUGCCGACGUCGUGAUAAUUUAUGACAGCGACUGGAACCCUCAGGCUGACUUACAAGCUAUGGACCGAGCUCACAGAAUUGGCCAAACUAAACAAGUCAGAGUGUUCCGACUCAUCACUGAAAACACGGUUGAGGAACGAAUUGUGGAACGAGCACAGAUGAAAUUAAAGCUAGACAAUCUAGUGAUCCAACAAGGCCGACUUGUUGAAGCCAGCAAGUCUCUAAACAAAGACGAGAUGAUGACUAUUAUUAGGCACGGGGCAGAUCACAUUUUUAAAAGCAAAGAUUCCGAAAUUACUGACGAAGACAUCGAUAUGAUUUUAUCACAUUCCGAGAAGAAACAGUCCGAAUUCGACGAAAAGUUGUCCAAAAUAGCUGACGGGCAAUUGCGUAAUUUUUCGAUUGAUAAUUUUGAUGCUAGCAAUACAGAAGACGGAGAAGCGAGAUCUAUUUAUUUGUUUGAGGGCGAGAAUUGGAGAGAUAAACAGAAAGAACACGUAGGUUUGAGAUGGAUUGAGCCACCAAAGCGAGAGCGAAAAGGCAAAGCCAACUAUCAGGUAUCGGACUAUUUCAAGCAGCAACUGCAAACAGGCGAUAAAUCCAUUCCGAAAGCCCCGAGGCCUCCGAAACAACCCCAUCUUCAAGACUUUCAGUUUUACCCUCCAAGAUUGUUCGAAAUCCUAGACAAGGAAGUGUACAUUUAUCGGAAGAAUUUGGGAUACAAAGUACCACUGAAUCCAACAUUGCCGAAUGCAGAGAUGAAACAACAAGAGGAGCAGGAGAAAGUAGACAGCGCUGUUCCUCUCACAGAAGACGAAGAACACGAAAAGCAGUUUUACUUGGAUGAAGGAUUCAAAAACUGGUUCAAAAGAGACUUCCAACAGUUUGUGAAGGCUAACGAGAAGUAUGGUCGGAAGGAUCUGGCCAAUAUUUGUCAGGAGGUAGAGGGAAAGACGCCGGAGGAAGUGAGCGACUAUGCUAAGGUGUUUUGGGAGAGGAAGGAUGAGUUGCAAGACCACGACAAAAUAAUGGCUCAAAUUGAAAGAGGCGAGGCUAAAAUUCAGAGGAAAGAAUCGGUCAAAAAAGCACUCGACACCAAAAUGAACAAGUACAAGUUCCCGUUCUACCAACUCAAAGUAGUCUACGGAGCAGCCAAGGGCAAACAGUAUAACGAAGAAGAAGACCGCUUUCUCCUCUGCAUGCUUUACAAACUCGGUUUUGACAAGGAAUCCGCCUACGAUGAAUUGAGAACAGCAAUCAGAAAUGCGCCCCAGUUCAGAUUCAACUGGUUUUUGAAGUCGAGAAAUUCAGCUGAACUUCAGAAACGAUGCAACACUUUGAUUAAUAUGGUGGAGAGAGAGAUUGAAAAUGAGAAUAAGGUGAGAAAUGGUGGUGUCGAUACUAAAAAGAGAACAAGGGCACCGAAUGGUGCAGGUGCUGCUUCAGCUGCGAAAAAGAAGAAGUGAUUUUGAAUUUCUACCUCGCCGAAAUGCAUGAACUUUUUGAAGUGACUAUAAAUUGUUUUCUGUCUCUGAGUAAAACGUAUAAAAGGUUUGUAAUAUCUUGAUCUUUAGGAUUUAAAGGAUCUCUUUAUUGAUUUCCCCCUCAAGUGCAAGGAGGAGUUUCGUUGCUAGGCAAAUUUUUUCAGCGAAUAUUCCCAUUUGCUGAACAAUAGAAGUAGCUUGUUAAGAUGAUGGAUAUUCUGUUAAAGAAAUCCGAUUUGCGAUCAAAUAAGUUUUCGAUAAAUGAAGAUUUUUUUCUAGUGCAUCGAAAAUUAGUGUUGUUUUGCGAAAACUUUACUUUUGUAAUGCCUAUCAAUGUUUCCGA